AGCUCAUUUUUCCUCUACGCAAUUAAAAUUUUCGUUCAAUUUCUGACUCGAUCAACCGAAAAGUUCCAUAUUUUUAAUUACAUACAUAUAUAAUUCACGGCAUUAAUAUUUAAUUUGAAAAUUUCUAUAUAAAUCCACCAUGACCGAAGAAACAGGCGAAGAGUUCAACAAGAAGAACUUCCUUGAGCACUAUUUGCAAAAGCAAAAGGAGCUCAGCCGACGCCAGCGUCAAUAUAAGACGGUGCUAUCGACGAAAUUGCGCUCGCGUAAAGAAACGAUUGUGACGCAAAGCUAUCAAAAUACAAUCGAUCAACUGCGCGCUGAAAAGGAUACAUUGCGCGCACAAAUUUGGGUAGCCAGCGGUGAAACGUUUCGGCGGCAGAAUAAUCGUGCGAUCCGGAACAUUCAAUGUCACAUUGCUUGCCAAGAGCACUUGGGCGAUGAUAUACGCCAUACCAAGGAAUGCAUCUCGAAUUUAGAGCGUGAAAUUAGUCGUGUCAAUAGGCAAGUGUACGAUUUGAAUCGCCGUACUGUGCCCGAUUCACAGCAUCAGGCGCAUGUGGCGAGAGUGCGAAAGAAGUUGGAUAUAUUGGAAAAUCAGUUGGAAGUGGGCGUGCGUAGCGAGUGUGCCUUUACUGCCAUUAAUAGCGAACUGAGAGGGGAGCUGAUAAUGUUGCUACAUCACCGCACCAGCUUCAAUGAUAUCUACACCAAGCUGGCGCAAAGGUUGAAUAGCGACAGGAAGUACAUUGUGGAUUUGAUCGACUAUGCGCUGGGCACUUUCGAAAGGUGUAUAAAUGCCUAUGAAAAGAUGAGUAUUCUGAAUAAGAAAGAUGCAAAGGAUCACGAGUUGAGAAUGGUUGAAAUGCAAGCCAUAAUGCGCAGGAAAGCUGCCGAUGCGGCCAAUUAUGAAUUUAUGGAUUGCAAAGGGCACGAAAGAAUUAUGGACGAUCUGCAGCCAAAGGAGUAUCAGCGACGUGAACGAUUUCGUCAGCAACAUCGCAAAAAGAUUAAUUUAUAUAAUGAUGUAUUGCAAAAGAUUUUCGCUUACACUAACUCCAAAGAUGUGGAUGCCGUACUCACCAAGUUUCAGAAAGAAAAGGGGAUAUAUUAUUCAUUUUUUACCUACUCCAAUGAAUUGAGCUAUCACAUGACAAUACUCAAUAAGUCAGUGAACCAACUAUAUAAUGAAGUUGCCGAAUUGAAAUUUACCAACCAUAACACACUGCAAAACCAGUUGGAAACUAUUGAGAAGCUCGAGGAAACUCUGAAGACAAAGCAAAAGAAAAAUGAGGAGCUGCGUGAAGUGCGUGAUCAGAACGACAAACGACUCGAGAAAUUACUACAAGGCAUACAACUGAUUAGAGAUGAGUCGCAUACUGAUUGCAAAUCACUCGAUGCAUUGCUGGGUGACUUCUCAAAGAUCAAUCUCUUCAAUAUGCGUGACUAUCUCAAGAUAUUAGAGAAGCGCAUACACUCCUUAAUGGUAGCACAAUUCAUACGCGAGCGACAAAACCCAGCUAAGAGACAAAGUGAAUAUAUUGUCAGAGACGUACAUAAAAUUUGCGAAUGGGCAACACCCAUCGAUGAUAUUGUUCUUACGCAACAGUGCCCCGAAUGUGGUGAGGCCGAUGCCACUAACGCGGAAGAUGCCGAUGGCGAAGGUAUAUUGAGUAUGCAUACGGUGUUGAAGAAACUGUACGAACGUGUCGUUCAACCGGAGAUGCAAUAUCGCUUGCACAGCAUUAGCCAGUGCCGUAUGCAGAAGUCACGCAUGCUUGCCGCGAAACGUAAUGACUGAGAGUCAGAUUAUUUUCCUGUGAAAUUGCUUUGAGUGGCGGCAUUUUUAUUUCAAAUUGGAGCAGCAGUUUGUGAAAUGUACAAAUAACUAAUUUUAUGUAGUCAAUAACUCGGCUCUGAAUAUACAAAAAUAUACACAUAUA